AGAACUCCGCUACCCACAAUGCCUCACCCGCUUCCGGUUUGCAACCAUUCGAGAUCUAAGAUGGCGGACCGGCGGCGACGGAGGAGGCGCGCGUCCCAGGACAGCGAGGACGACGACGAGUCUGGUUCUGGUUCGGACAGCGGGAGGUCCGGGUCCCCGACGGCGGCCAAGAGCCGCGUGAGGGAUCCCGAACCGCCGGAGGUGGCGCCGGCCCGGGUCGAGCCUAAAGUCGAGGCGGAGUCGGAGUGUGAGAGUGAAGAUGGAGUCGGAGAAGCUGUGCUCUCGGACUACGACAGCGCUGAUCCAGAAGAAAACGGAUCCCAUUCAGAGGGAGCCGAGGAGGAAGAGGAGGCCGAGCAGUACAGCGACGAAGAGGCUCCGGCCGGCGAGGCCACGCUGCCCGCUGCCGACGGCCCGGCUACGGUGGAGGAGACGCAGCAGAAGCUGGUGGAAGUAACGGUGCUGACUGAGGGUGAAGAGGAGGAGAAGGGUGAAGAAGAGGAAAAGGGGGAAGAGGAGGUGGAGGAGGAGGAAGAGGAACAGCAAGGAGGAGGAGGUGACGACGACAGUAAAGAGGAGCGCAAAGCAGAGGACAACGAGAACCUGGCUGGCGAGAGACAGAGCGGAGACGGACAGGAGUCCACAGACGACCCUGAGACAAAAGCUGCAGGGAAACCCGGUCAGAAGCUGGAUGACGACGAGGACCGGAAGAACCCGGCGUACAUCCCGAGGAAGGGUCUGUUCUUUGAGCACGACGUGAGAGGCCACGCCCAGGAGGAGGAGCGGCCCAAAGGCAGAAACAGGAAGCUGUGGAAGGACGAGGGUCGCUGGGAGCACGACCGCUUCAGGGAGGAGGAGCAGGCGCCGAAGAGCCGCGAGGAGCUCGUCUCCAUCUACGGCUACGACAUCCGGAACGGGGGGGGCACCGCGGAGCGGCCGUACCGACAGCGCAGGCCGAGACAGAGUUUGUCUCCCAGCAGAGACAAGCGGUGGAGGGACGGAGGAGGAGAGCGACCGGUUCGGACCUGGCACAGUGGAGGAGGAGGAGGAGGCCUGAACCGGGGGGGAGUGGCGCCCGUGUCUAGCCACGUACCCCCGACCCCCCUGUCCUCCCUCCCCCAGCGUAGUAGCAACCCCUCCAGACUGCCGCCGUCCCGAAGCAGACAGUCCCACCCCCUCCCGCCCCAGUACAGGAAUGACGAAUCCAACACGCCCCCGAUGCCCCCCAGGGAACGACAGGGCCCCAAAGCUCCCUACGACCCGGGGGACCGGGGCCCGGCGGUCAGGGGGGGUCGCGGGGGGGUGAGAGGCUCCUCCGUGGUCAUCGAGGACGCUGCGGUCGGCGAUCAGGCCCCGGACGCCGUGACGGCGUCUCAACCGGGCGGUUACCCGUCUGCGUUACCGCGGCGACAGCAGCAGGAACAGCGAGGGGGCGUCGGCGACCGAUUCGUGUCAGGGUUGGCGGCCUCCGACCAGCCGACCAUUCGGGAGGCCUCUCCCCCCGCCGAGAGGCCCCCGGAGCGCAAGUCCUACGCUCUGGCUCGCAGGACCCGCUCGCGACCCGCUGACCUGGGCAGCAAGCAACCGUCAGUAGAGGAGUCCGCCACCUCCUCACCCAGCGGGGCGGGGGGGAAAGGC